CCGGGCUGUCAAUCCUGCGCAGGUUGAGCUCGGCGGCGGGAGCGGCGGCGGCGGCGGCGGCGGCGGCGGCGGCAGAGGCAGAGGCGAUGGGACCCCGGCGAGAGAUCUGCGGCUAGCCGGCUGCACUUGCUCCACGGGUCGGGCCAUCAGAGGGGCCAGGAUUGGAAAAUGUGCCAUUGAAAAGAAAGGCCCAGGAGAAAACAGCAAGAAGAAGGAGAACAUCUAAGCUGGAAGGAUGAGAUCUUGCAGCCAUGUCUGUGGGUCCAAGCAAGUGCAGGCGGCUUCGGAGGGCGGCUACCAGCGCUACGGAGUCCGGUCCUACCUGCACCAGUUUUAUGAGGACUGCACCACCUCCAUCUGGGAGUAUGAGGAUGAUUUCCAGAUCCAGAGAUCACCUAACAGGUGGAGCUCUGUAUUCUGGAAGGUCGGACUCAUCUCUGGCUCAAUCUUCGUGAUGCUCGGAUUGACUGUUCUGGCAGUGGGCUUUCUUGUGCCCCCCAAAAUCGAAGCUUUUGGCGAGGCCGAUUUUGUGGUGGUAGACACCCACGCUGUCCAGUUCAACAGUGCCCUAGACCUGUGCAAGCUAGCGGGAGCUGUCCUCUUCUGCGUUGGGGGCACGUCCAUGGCGGGGUGCCUGCUCAUGUCGGUAUUUGCCAAAAGUUACUCCAAAGAAGAAAAAUUCCUGCAGCAGAAGUUCAAGGAACGCAUCGCAGACACGAAGGUGCACACCCAGCCCGUGACACGAGCGCCAGGGCCAGGAGAAACGAAGAUCCCCGUCACUUUGUCCAAGGUGCAAAAUGUCCAGCCUGUAUCGGCCACCUGAACCCUUCUCCAGCCCCCACCUCCCUCUCUGACCCACACGCACGGCCAGCAUAGCACAGGACAGGCUUGGACACAAGGAGAGGGAAGGGCCAGGAACUGCUCAGUAGGGCAUCUCACACUUGCCUGGUUUGGGGGGGUUGUGGCAGGUCCGUGCCACAUGUCCACCUGUGUGCACACACCUAGAUGCUUGUAGGGGUGUUUCUGUCUGUCCCCGGGAGCCCUCUGGAACUCUCCCAAUCCAUUGUGACACAGUGUCUUUCUACGUAGUGUUGGAAAGUGCUCCCCGACGUACACCAGCCUCCCAGUGGCUGCCAUGAUUUCUUUUCUGAUCUAGUUUUGGUUCCCGAUCUUUCCUGUGUGGUGCUGCCCCACCCCAACUCCUGUCUCUGUGUAGUGUCACGUGUGUCCAUAGAAAAAAAACUGACCUCCCUGAAUCAGACCCAAACAUUUGUCUUUGAACUCUAGCUUAAGGUGACAGUCCUAAGAUUGGGUCCAGAGGUAGCGGUAUUUUAAAUCUCUUUGCUUUCUCAGGCUGGGUUCUCAUUUAGAAAACUAA